GUAAGAUGGCCGCAGUCGGAGAGUGCUCGCUCCCCGCUCCAUGGCGGCCGGUCUCCUUUAUUCACGUCGAAUAUCCCGCAGGUGAUUUCUCUGGUCAGCUUUUAGCUUAUUUGAGUCUUGGUCCAACAUUCAUUAUUGUUGGUUUUGUAACACUCAUCAUAUUCAAGAGGGAGCUUCACACGAUCUCUUUCUUGGGAGGGCUGGCUUUCAAUGAAGGAGUGAACUGGUUAAUAAAAAUUGUUAUCCGGGAGCCACGGCCCUGCGAAGAAACCCAUUCAACAGUGACCACAAAAUAUGGGAUGCCAUCCAGCCACUCCCAGUUCAUGUGGUUUUUCUCUGUCUAUUCAUUUCUGUUCCUUUAUUUAAGAAUGCACCAAACAAACAAUGCGAGGUUUCUGGAUUUACUAUGGCGACAUGUGCUGUCCAUCUGCCUUGUGACAGUGGCUUUGCUAGUCUCAUAUAGUAGGGUUUAUUUGCUAUACCACACCUGGAGCCAAGUCUUAUAUGGAGGUGUGGCAGGAAGCAUCAUGGCCAUAGCCUGGUUUGCCUUCACACAAGAGAUACUAACUCCUCUCUUCCCAAGGAUAGCUGCAUGGCCUAUUUCAGAGUUCUUUUUAAUCCGAGACACCAGCCUGAUUCCUAAUAUCCUGUGGUUUGAAUACACAGUCACGAGAGCAGAGGCAAGAAACAGACAGCGCAAGCUGGGUACGAAGCUCCAGUGACUCGGGAAGCGUGUGGACCAGAGUGCACGUUCUAGUUGAGAAAGACAAGAGCAAAGACAAGGGAGCAGCAAGGAGCCUUUUAACAGAUGGACCAAAGGAACAGGCAGGGACCAUACCCAAAACCUGAAAGCCUUUGCUCUGCUUUAGCAGCUAGCUGGAUGCUCCCUGAUGCAUGUGGGACCGUGCAGGAGUAAAAACUCAUUUUCAAUACAGAUGCACAUUGCCGGUUGGAAUAUACCAUCAUGUCUGCGUCAGGGGAGGGGGGAAAAAUGCCUGGUGUCUUGUUCGGGGGAGGGGAAAACCAAAAACAAAUGAUUUGUGAGUCUUUUUUUCUCUCAGCAUGAAAUAUACACACUAUUUAUUUAUUUUUUUAAAUCGAACUAUUACUUUUGGGGUGGGUGAAGCGUUGAUUGUGCGUUUUGUUUUGCUUUUUGUUUUUUUUCUUUGGAAGAAGAUGACAAAACUAAUAUCAAGUUGAUCGUGCUUAAUUAGGACUUUUAAUUUUUAAAAAUCCUUGGGGGGAUGACUAGAAUGGGGGUGACUAGGUGGAAGGGAGAGGAAGGCUUUCUUUCCUUUCUGCAGCCAUUUUGGGAGAUCAUAAUCAAUUCCAACUGCACUUUGUACACACAGGAGGAGAGUACUAAAGAUUUGCUUUUAAUGCUAGUGAUGGUUCUGCAGGGAAGCCUGCACAGAUUCCAUUAAGGGGAGUGUGUGUGUGCGUGUGUGUGUAUAACAGAAAAAAAUGAAAUAUACUAACUUUUUUUCCA